AAUAUCUGAGUUUCAAACGAAUAACAUGCAUGCCGCUCACAACUUUCAAAGCUAUUCUUGCCAGCCCUAAACAAAGCAUUUACGAGAUCCAGACUGCAACUUAAUUAACGUGGCAAAACUCAAACCCAAACCUCCACAAUAGCUCAGCGGCGUGCACCACGUUGGUCCUCCUCUACCGUUGAACCCCUCUAUUUACUGCAUUCCCUCGUUACUUGAUUCCCAAGCAUCCUUUUCCUCACACCCUAUAUAUAUGCCAUUCUUCCCCUUCUUCUGGUAAGAGAAAACCUGGUCUGCAACAGCUCUGAGAAGAUGCCCAUCUCAUAUAACACUCAUAAGGUUAAGGCAAUUAAGGACGACCAUGGCCAUGAUCAUGGUGAUGAUCAUGAUCAUGCCGGCGGAAGCUUUGCGAGGCUUAUGCGGCGUGUGUAUUCAUUAGAAGAUCUGCUCAAGAAAUUGCGGUGGGAAAGAAGUGCAGUGCAAGCAGGGGCGAAAGAAGAAAUGUUGCAGGCUGGGGAAGCGUGUGAGUUUCGGAUGCCUCUUCAUUAUCCCAGGUAUUCCAAGGCGGAAUACGAGUCAAUGGCGGAGUGGGAGCUCGACAUUCUGCUCCGUCAGUAUGGUCUGGAUGUCAGAGGUGAUGUGGAGUACAAGCGAGAGUUUGCAGUUGGUGCCUUUCUCUGGCCUGAUCAGUGCAUAUGAUAUUUUAUUACAUAGUGUUUGCCCUAAAUUUUGUUUAGAAGUUUACUACUUUUGAGUUUGGGUUUGUUUGGGGCUUAUGUUUUUAGUGUAAUUCGGAGAUGUAAAAUUCAGGAUUUCUGUAACUAUGUGUUUAAAUAGAUAUCUGUUUCUAAUUGAAAAUACAUAUUUGAGAUUGUUCUAGCUA